CAAUAACCUCUUGACCAGAUUGUCGAAUAUGGCACUACUGCGGUAAAAGUCCUCAUCCAACUUACAGCCAACGACCGUGUAAAAUCCUGCCAUGUGUCAACUGUGACUAAUUCUGAACCCAUGUAUGGCCUCAGGAGAGGUAAAAAGUUUUCUCCAUGGGUAGUAUGUUGUAGUACCAAAAAUUCAAGGGGAAGCUUAUCAUUGUGGAAGCAGCAAUGUGUCCCUUUCUCAACAGUUAUCCUGAAAGAAUAUAUAGAAGGCAGAGCAAGCAUCUUUCUGACAAAGGAAGUUGCCACAAGGCUUUAUCCCCUAGAAUAAGAAAUACCCACGCUUAAAAAUUAUGUGUAAUUGUGUGAAACUAAUAUGUUCUUAAAGAAAAGAAUUACACAUUGAAUGGAGGUCACCUAGUUCAUAACAUGAGACGUCAUUCUAUGACUGAGACCAAAUAACAUUGUCUGUAACUGUUAAAAUCAGUUUCCUUGAGCCACAAAGGGAAGAAGAUAGGAAGCGUAAAGUUUCCUCCUUAUUGGCUGUCGUCUUUGGUAAAAUUUAUCAUGAUGCUGGCUUUCCUGUUUUUGCAGUUGGCUCGAUAACGGAGGUUAUGAUUUCUGUUAUUUGCCUCCUGUUCUUGAGUUGAUAUAUUACUUCCUAAUGUCAGAAGGCAACUUGCAAGAUUGAAGAGCACUACUUCUGAGAAGCCAAAAACCAAGUUUAGGCUCCUGAAACAAGAGCCGGGAAGGUUGCAUCAUUGCUGUUGAAGGAGAUCAAAUGUCUGGAAUGCCUUCCAUACCUUACUUGACAUGCAAUCGAGGAAUGCCAAGAAAGAAUCUUGGAGGAACAACUGAGGCACAUGAAAAACUCUCAUCAGAAGCAAAUACCAAGUCUUAGCGUUGGGACAAUUUGGAGUUCAAGUCUUAUGAACAACGUACAACUAACAAAGGAGAAGAGCCAGAUGACAUUUGAAGCAAAUUAUGACAGUUGGCGGUGGAAAGACAACAUUGUGGGAAACCUUUCUAGUAGCAUGGCAGUGUUGGGCAUAGCGGCAAUGAAUGUGUCCGAAAUUUAAUUUCACUGUACUUCUACAAAAACUUGUCCAACAUGUGGACUACCAACUCUCAUUUGUCAACGAAAGCGGCUACAUGCCCUAACUCUCGAAAUGCAGUGAGUUAAUGAAGAGGAAGAAAGGGCAAACGCUAUGUAGGAUUUGCUAAAUAGUUUUACCAACAAUGGCCAGUUCUUCAUCACAAGUGUUACCGAGUAUCAGUGGCAACAGCAAUGUAGGAGAGAAUGAUCUUAACUGCUACCUGCCCUUGCAUAAAGCUGCAAUUAGAGGUGAUUGGGAGAGUGCUAGUAAAUUCUUUGACUCCAAUCCAGAUGCUGUCUCAGCCAGGAUCACUAAGAAUUUGGAGACAGUACUUCAUAUAGCAGUUGGGAGAAGUGAGGCUAGCAGCUUUGUGGAGAAGUUAGUCGAAUUGAUGCCAACUGAUGCUCUUUCUUUAAAGACUAAAUUUAGUGAGACUGCCCUUCACUAUGCUGCCAAAUAUGGCAAUAUUAAGGCAGCAAAAUAUUUAGUGGUCAGUGAUCCUGGUCUACCUCACAUUUGGAAUGAUACAAACUUGUUGCCUCUCCAUUUGGCUGCUCUUUUUGGUCACAAGGAAAUGGUUCUAUUUCUAUUGACUGUUACAAGGGACAAUGAAGUGCCAAAUGCAUUCGAAGAUCAACCUGGCAUCACUCUCUUGAUUAGUAUUGUGCACUCUGCAUUCUAUGUUCGUCAAUCCCCAAAAAAUACACAAAUCUGUUGCUGCGCUUGCUGUAGCAUUAAUGUCUUUCUAUUGUAUAUUCAUACCGCUACAGAUGUGGCAUUGGAUCUGGUACGUAAAUAUCCUAAGUUGGCUACAACAAUAUCUCCAGGCAACAAUACAGCAUUGAGUAUCUUAGCUGGAAAGCCUUCUGCAUUUCUCAGUGGAAGAUCCUUAAGGUCUUGGGAGAAGUUAAUCUAUUCUUGUAUUCCAGUGAAGUUGGCUAGAACCUCUCACCUCAGGCGCGGACGUGACAUUGAGAACCCAUCUGAGCGACAUAUAAAACAGACUGACGUAUGUUGGCAGGUCCUACGACAAACUUUCAGGAGGACCUAUCCUGGAUUUGUGUGGCAAAAAUUGUAUACAAGAUUCUGGGAUGUCAUUGGAGGAAUAGUUCCACGGAUUAAGCACAUACAUGAUAUGAAAUUGAUGCACUGCCAGGCAAUGGAGCUAGUAAAAUGUUUAUGCUUGGAGUCUGUAAAUGUUGAUACUGUAAAAUCUGCUUCAAUAUUUAAACCAGCAGUCAUUUCAUCAGCAACAUGCGGACUCUAUGAAGUUAUAGAAGAAAUCCUGAGUUCAUUUCCAAGUGCAAUAUGGUGCUUGGACCCAGAGCACCAUGACUUGUUCCAAAUAGCAGUUAUGAAUCGGCGUGAGACUAUUUUCAACCUUCUAUAUGACUUGGAGGAACAUGCACAUCUGGUAACGCAGAAUACUGAUAGUCACAACAAUAAUAUAUUGCAUUUGGCUGGAAAGUUGGCACCUCCACACCGUCUUAGUAUUGUCUCAGGUGCAGCUUUGCAGAUGCAGCGUGAGCUACAGUGGUACAAGGAAGUUGAAAAUUUUGUGACACCAAGUUACAAGGGGAAGGAGAACACUGACGGGAAGACACCAGCUAUGGUUUUCGCUGAGGAACACAAGGACUUGAUUGUAGAGGCAGAGGAGUGGUUAAAAGAUACAGCUAAAUCUUGCACGUUUGCUGCAACGCUAAUUGCGACAGUGGUAUUUGCUGCAGCAAUAACUGUGCCAGGUGGUAGCAGCACCGAGAGUGGAUUGCCGAUCUUCCAGAAGCAAAGACCCUUUGUGGUAUUUGCUGUUUCAAAUGCAGUGUCCUUGUUUUCAUCGGUGACUUCUGUCUUGAUGUUCUUGUUCAUUCUCACUUCUCGCUGUGCUGAAGCAGAUUUUUUAUACAUGCUGCCAAAUACAUUGAUCAUAGGUCUGGUGAACCUGUUUCUUUCUUUGGCUUCCAUGAUGCUAGCUUUCAGUUCAGCAAUGUACGCAGUUUUUGGGCAUAACAGGACAUGGUUUCUUGCUCCACUCACUUUGGUAGCGUGUCUGCCGGUCACCCUGUUUUUGUUCUUGCAGUAUCCACUUCUUAAGGAUAUGAUCCGGUCAACGUAUGGCCCUGGCAUCUUUGGAAAGAAACGCAGAUCAAUUUUCUCAAAAUCUGGGAACCGAUCAGUUUAGCUUCCGCUACAGUUGAAGAUACUGUCCAAAAUUGUGAAACUCAUGAGGAAUAUGUAUAGCAGCAGUCCUCUGUUUUCUGUUCUCAUUUUACCUUUCAGUUUGUAUUGGCACUGUCGUGUUUCCUAAUCCACAUGAACGUGCAUAUCAUCUUUACCUUAUAUUAUUGGAAAGCAUUUCCCUGGUGUC